CAUCACAAUGGCAUCGACAAGAACUCGUUGGGUUUAUAUCUUGCUAGUGUUACUAACAUGCUUAGUGCACGCCAACAGCCUCCCUAAGAACCACAGCAAAGUCUCAAAGAGACAAUCGCGGCAGUUCCCCAACUUCAUAGAGACAACAGCGAAGAAUGGAUACUCGACAGAGCAGUAUUCCGUAGUCACGCAAGACGGGUACAUUUUGAAGAUCUUCAGGAUAGCCCAAUCGAAGAACUGCCAUCAAAGAAAGUUCCUUCCUCCCGUACUGAUGAUGCACGGCCUAUUGGAGAGUUCCGAUUCGUGGACAGACGCCGGUGUCAAUGCUGGGCUUGCGUACCUCCUAUCCGACGCCUGCUUUGACAGCUGGCUGGGCAACUUCAGAGGCAACUACUACUCCAGGAGACACAAAACGCUUGACCCCAACAAAGACAAGCCCUUCUGGAAAUUUUCCGCUGACGAAAUGGGCCUUUACGAUGUCCCCGCACUGGUCGACUAUGUGUUGAACAAAACAGGAGUUGAAAAGCUGAACUACAUCGGUUACUCGCAAGGGGCAGGAACUUUCUUCGCCAUGUGUUCCGACAGACCUGGACAUUGUGAAAAGAUUAAUCUGAUGAUUGGACUAGCACCGGCAACUCGCCAUUUACACACCAGAUCGUUAGGGUUCCGCGUCGCGAGUAUGGCUUUCACUGUGCUAGAGAAGACUCUGAGAUCUGUCGGUAUAGAAGAGGUGUUACAAAAGGGUUCGCUGGUGCAAACGAUCUUAGCCGCUUUCUGCCAAUGGAACUCAAUCUCUGAAGUGUUCUGCGACGUUGGAACGGCCUUUCUGGACUUCUAUCACCCAGGCUCUAUGACUAACGAAACGCUUGCGAGGGCAACGAGGAACCUCCCCGCUGGCACAUCCGUGCAGAACUUGGCGAAAUACGGCCAGAGCAUGGUCAGUACUGACUUUCAGAAGUUUGAUUACGGCAGAGAGACGAACCUCAAAGUUUACGGUCAGGAGAGGCCCCCGAAAUACAAGCUUGGUGCUGUUACUCCUCCUGUGGUGGUGAUUUACGGUAAGAACGACGGCUUGGUCGACGUCAAGGAUGUUAAAUGGCUUAUCGGGAAGCUGCCUAAUGUGAUCGAUGUGCUGGAAGUGAAAGACCCGUUAUGGAACCACCUGGACAACCAUUACAGUAAACUGUCGAAGAACCUCAUAUUUCCAAAGAUUCAUGAGCAGUUACUUGCACAUAGUUAUUAUUGAUAAUGUUCAUAAAUUAAAUAAAGUAUUAUCAUGAGCUAGGGCUGCCAUCCAUCCGGGUUUUCCCGGAUUUGUCCUAGUUUACGGGGCGUCCGGGGAGCGUCCGGGCGGGGUUUUAUUUGUAGUCCGGGUUUAAAAAUUUACGGCAACGCAUGAGUGGCCCUUGGUGCUGCAAGUGUCCAUGGGCAGCAGUGACCACUUAUUAUGAUGUAGACCGCUAGCUCUUUUGCCUAGAUCAACAUAAAAAAGUUGAUUUGUGAUAUUUUAAACUAUUUUUUAUUGGUCUGUCCGGGUUCUGGGCUCCAAAAUCCGGGGUUAUCACGCGUCUUAUCCUGGUUGCCACAUUUUAGAGAUGGUAGCCCUAUCAUGAGCCCACCUUAUUUAAAGAAUAAAUGAAGUCAAUGGAUUUAGGGAUGAUGAUUUUCUUCGUUCAUCAGGUAGAUUAUCAAAAAGUAUUGGACACGUAUUUUUUCUUUUUUUCACAUAAUAUAAACAUUGCAGAGAUAUAUUGAUUUGAAAAGUCGCAUGACGUCACGUUUGAGUACACUUAUAAGUGAAAAUUCACUCAAAAGUGACGUCACGAGCCCCUACUCCCAAACUUUGACGCGCUAUAACUUUGUCAUUUUUUGGUUGAUUGCCCAAAGAAAAAUACGUGUCCAUUAUUUUUUGAUCAUCUAACUGACGGACUAAAUAGAAUUUCGUUUACUGUACCCCGUCAUCACCCCU